CUUUUUGUAAGAUUUUCACAAUUUCCAAACAGAGCCUUCACCCGAAACAACGCCGUCGUUGCAGGGAUGCAGAUCUCGUGCCUUGCUCGCUACAAGAUCCCUGUAUCUGGGUAUCCUGACAGUCUCAGUUAACCAUAAUACACUCCCCUACAACGCAAGGCUCGGCUGAUUUCUGGCAGAUAUGUCAGACCCGCCUGAGUUCAGAAUCGGCCAGCGAGUCCACUCGGCUGGCGACUCCCGUAGGCUCGGGACGGUGAAGUACGUGGGGCCAGUGGAAGGCUACUCGGGGAAGUGGGUCGGCGUCGACUGGGACAAUGCCAACGGCGGCAAGCACGACGGCUCCCUCAACGGGGUUCGCUACUUCCACGCUGAAUCUGAGAAAUCAGGUUCCUUUGUUCGGCCUCACAACUUGAGUGCUGGGAUUACGUUGUUAAAGGCUUUGGAGAUCAGAUACAAGUCCAUUUCAACCCAAGAAGAAGAGGAUGAAAUGUAUGUGUUCUCUGCAAGCAAUAGACGGGUGUCUGUUGAGCUUUUGGGUAAAGAUAAAAUUCAGGACAAGCUAAGCCGCUUUGAAGAGUUGGCAAGUGCAUCCCUAUUUUACUUAGGAGUUGGCUCAUCUGGACCCCCAUGCCAAAUCAGUGCAACUAUCCCAAAUUUAAAGGAGCUUGACUUGACUGGAAAUCUGCUUUCAGAUUGGAAGGAUGUUGGAGCCAUAUGUGAAGGGUUACAAGCUCUUGUAGCUCUCAAUCUGACCAACAAUUUAAUGGCUCAUGAUAUAUUGGGGUUGCCUCAACUAAGGAAUAUCCGGGUUUUAGUUCUCAACAAUACAGGCAUAAAAUGGAUACAGGUUGAAAUGCUUAAAUGUUCACUACCAGUCAUUGAGGAACUACAUCUGAUGGGAAACAAGUUAAGUGCGAUAACGCCUCCAUCUUCUGACAUUGUCAAAGGAUUUGAUUCUCUACGCCUUCUGAAUUUGGAGGAUAAUUGUAUUUCUGAUUGGAAUGAAAUCUUGAAGCUCUCUCAGCUGAAAAGUUUGGAGCAGCUUCAUUUGAACAAGAACAGUAUAAACCGCCUAUGGUAUCCUGAAUAUGAUACAGUACAUGACCAACUCGGUUGCGAAUCAGUUGAGACUAGCUGUAGACCUUUCCAGAAUUUGCGCUGCCUUCUUCUUGGGGGUAAUAACAUUGAGGACCUGGCUUCUGUUGACUCGCUAAAUUCUUUUCCGAACUUGAAGGAUAUAAGGCUUUCUGAGAAUCAAAUUGCUGAUCCAGGCAAAGGUGGUCUGCCAAGAUUUGUUUUAAUUGCUCGUUUAGCGCAAGUCGACAUGUUGAAUGGGAGUGAGGUUAGUCGUCGAGAGCGGAAGGACUCUGAGAUUCGGUAUGUGCGCUUAGUCAUGUCAAAAUUGCAUGACCAUCCAGAAGAGAUAACUCUGCUUCACCCCCGGUUUCUCGAGCUCAAAGAAUUUCAUGGUAUUGAGGAUGAAAAGCCUUCCACUGGAGCAGCCGGCCCCCAGAAGAUGGCUUCAGGGCUUAUUUCUAUCACUCUGAAAUGUGUUGGGGCAUCAAUGGGUGAAAAGCCCCCAUUGACGAAAAAGCUGCCAGCACCGACCACGGUUGGCAAGCUAAAGAUUCUCUGUGAGAGCUUUUUCAAGCUAAAAUCUGUAAAGCCAGUAUUGUUUCUUGAAGAAGAGGGUUCCCCAUUACCAUCAGUGCUUGAUGAUGAUAUGGCAACCUUGAUUGACGUCGGUGUUGGCAAUGACUCUACCGUUCUGGUCGAUGAAGAAAGUUAACACAAACCAUAUUCCUUUCAUGCAUUGAAGUUGCGAAUUCUAGGUCUUCCGCAAGAAUUGGCAUCUGAAGUCUUAUUGUGUGCCUUUUGUAAUAAGCAUUACUGUUCAAUUUAUCUCUGAGUUGACAAACAUUUAAGUUCCAUGAUCAGGGUAUACAGUUACAACAUUAGAUUGUACGCUGAAGAGACAAGAAGUUUGUAAUCUUGGAGUUUGAUGCUCUUAGGAAAAGUUUUGAGCUUCAGUAGUUCAUUGCCUGAAAGUAGUUUGUAUCCGAGUUUGAGAAUGGAAUGGUAAAGGGGAAGGCUCCCUUAGAACAUUGGCAAUACUCGAUUACUCAUGGUUUCAGUACAUGCUUGUUUUGCUUUACACAGAUUCAGAUAUUGUUGACUGGUGCAGGUUAUGUAUCAAUUGUUUGGGUUUA